AAAAUCGAGCAUAACGUCGCUUCGCCUUCUGGUUUACCUCUGUCUCUCUGUCUCUCUCUCCCGAGAAACAGGCCCCCUUUGCGCGUAAUAAGAGAGAGAGAGAGUGAGGACGGAUUUUACUGUCACGAGCUCUAUCAAGUCCAAAAUAAUAUUUUUGCAGGUUGUGUGUAUCUCUCUGGUUAAGUCUUCAUCAGAAUUCUAAGGAGUCUUAAGUAAUCAAACACACGCUGGCAUAUUUGCGAGAGUUGAGUUGAGCUACAAAUUCCAGAAAAGUAAUAUAUCUACUUAUUUAUGGAGCCCCUAUGGAAGCUUGCAUAUCUGUUGGAGCCAGCUCCAUUAACUCUUAUGCUCACCGCAGUAGCUGUGACAUUUGGAUCUGCUUUUCGAGCCCUAAAUUAUGGGAAAGAAAUGGAGCGAAACCGUGAUUUAUCAGAAGCCUCUAUUACUUUGGAUAGAUCCCAAGCACUGAUGAUCCCUGUAAUGAGCUCUUGCAGCCUGCUAAUGAUGUUCUAUCUCUUCUCUUCUGUCUCACAACUCCUCACUGCUUUCACCGCUGUUGCUGCUGCAUCAUCCCUUUACUUCUGCUUAUCACCUUACAUUGCCCAUAUCAAAUCACAGUUUGGUUUGACUGACCCUUUUGUGUCACGAUGUUGUUCCAAGCCAUUUACCCGGAUCCAGGGGCUUUUAUUGUUGCUAUGCUCUGGUACUGUUGCAGCUUGGCUUGUUUCUGGACACUGGAUAUUAAACAACUUGUUGGGAAUUUCUCUCUGUAUUGCAUUUGUGAGCCAUGUGCGACUUCCCAACAUAAAAGUUUGUGCAAUGCUUCUUGGUUGUUUGUUUGUGUACGACAUAUUCUGGGUAUUCUUUUCAGAGAGGUUUUUCGGUGCAAAUGUUAUGGUCUCUGUAGCAACGCAACAAGCAUCUAAUCCUGUUCAUACUGUGGCUAAUAGUUUGAGUCUUCCUGGAUUACAACUGAUAACCAAAAAACUGGAGUUGCCAGUUAAAAUUGUCUUCCCUAGAAAUUUAUUUGGUGGGGUGACUCCUGGAGGUAGUGCUGCUGAUUUUAUGAUGCUUGGUCUUGGUGACAUGGCCAUUCCUGCUAUGCUUUUGGCCUUAGUUCUGUGCUUUGAUCAUAGAAAGAGCAGGGAUUCAGUGAAGCCUUUGGAUUUAGCUUCGUCCAAGGGGCAGAAAUACAUUUGGUAUGCCACUUCUGGAUAUGGGGUCGGAUUGGUAACUGCUUUAGCAGCUGGCAUUUUGACUCGCUCACCCCAACCAGCACUUCUAUAUCUGGUGCCGUCUACCUUGGGACCAAUAGUCGUUGUCUCUUGGAUGAGGAAGGAGCUACUAGAGCUGUGGGAAGGACAAACUCCGGAUGUGAACGAUAAAGCUCAUUUAACUGAAGUUUGAGCUGCUUGUUGCGGUCUUCGUCUCCCUACACAUCGGUUCCCACAGAGCCAAUUUAAAUGUGUAAAUUUAGUUUUCAUACUUGUAAUCUUCCCCUACAAACUUUACUAGGAAGAUACUAAUUUGCUUAAAAGUUGAAAUGGCAAGAACUUUUCUGGGAAGAUACUAAUUUAAAAGGUUGCCAAUCCUCCGAUCUUGAUAAUAAAGCUCAACUAUAUAAUUCUGCUUUCUGAUCA